AUGAGUUUCACUGGUAAAGUGGUCAUCGUGACUGGAGCUGCCUCCGGGAUAGGAGCUUCCACGGCCAAAGCACUGGCCAGAGAAGGUGCCAAGGUAGUCCUGGUGGACAAAGACGCAGAUAAACUACAAGAAGUCGCCAAGGAAUGUGAACAUCACGGCAACAAACCUCUCAUCAUCACAGCAGAUAUCAUUAAAGACGAAGAUGUCAGAACCAUAGUGAAAAACACGAUCAACAACUUUGGACAGUUAGACAUUCUGGUCAAUAAUGCAGGGGCUACUAGGUAUUCAUCCAUCUUAGACGAAAAUCUUAUGGAACAUUUCGAUCUACUUAUAAACACGAAUUUACGCUCCAUGGUAUAUUUGACACACCUCGCUGCUCCUUAUCUGAUCAAGACUAAGGGUAACAUCGUCAAUCUUGCAAGCAUCGUUGCAUUACGUGUCUUAUUAGAAAGUCUCUCGGCGUAUGCGAUUUCAAAAGCAGGUGUAGCUCACUUCACUCGCUGCGUUGCUUUGGAUCUGGCUCCAUAUGGAGUGAGAGUAAAUGCCGUGGCUCCGGGAGGCACGAAGACGAACAUACUGGAAAAUGCAGGGCUGUCAAAUGUAGAGGCGACAAUGGAAGUAUGGAGGACAAAACACACUGUGUUGAAGAAGUUGUCGGAGCCUGAAGAGAUAGCAGAUGUAAUUAUGUUCCUGGCCAGUGAUAAGGCUAAGAGCGUUACUGGAUCGACGUAUGUUUGUGACAACGGGGGACUCCUGACAUAAACGUUAACAAGCUAGAC